UAAUCUCCUGUUUGUUUCUCGUCGGAGGACUGUUCGGUGCGCUGACUGGGAAAGUCUCUGUGUCUCUUAUAGCGCUUGACUGCUCUCCUACCGUAGUAUCAUAAAGUGGAUGUUUCACAAAAGUUUGGUGUGAUUCUGGUGUGACUUCAGCUUUGAAGACACUAGAAAUAAUUACCUUGUUGUGUGAUGGCCUUCAAAGAGUUGCAUAAAGAGGACUGGUAUAGUAUUCUGAACGCAGAUCCAUCAGAUAACCUGACAGAAUUGAAAAGGAAAUAUCAAAAGCUGGUAUUGUUGUAUCAUCCAGACAAACAGAGCACAGAUGUGCCAGCAGGAGAAGUGGAGGCGCGCAUGCAGAGGUUCAUCGAAAUUGAUCGAGCAUGGAAAAUUCUAGGGAAUGAAGAGACAAAAAAAGAGUAUGACCUGCAGCAGUGUGAACAUGAGUUAACACAAAUGUUGCCAGUGGAUGCUCAAGUUUCCCUUCAAGAUAUGUCCUGGAAUUGCGAUGAUGGAUCUUAUUCUCUGAUCUGUCGAUGUGGUGGAAAUUACACCAUCUCCGAAAAAGAAGCUGAAGAUGUUUCUCUAGUAUGCUGUGACAGUUGUUCACUAGUAACAGAGAUCCUUCGAUGAUCCAACAAUAUUUGAUUCAAGUGUGUGAAAAAGCCAAAGGAAGCAUCUGCUCGGACAGACAAUAAGAAUGAAAGUGUCAGUAAAAGCAUGGGAAAAUGCACAGUGAAUGUUUAUAAGUAUUAAUUUUAAUUUGUAUUUGCUGUCUUAGAGUGCCAUCCUAUGGGGGUGGGCCAAGUAAGUAGUGGAGCCAGUCUGCGGCUGUGCUGAUGCAUUUGUCCCCUCCAUUGGCAAAGAGGCACCAUUUAGUCCGAUGGAGAACUUUCCAGCAGCUGGGGGGAGAGGGGUGCUGUCUGUUUUUUCUGCCUCCCUGUGCCACUGGAAAGCCCUUUGGAGGCAGCACAGCAGCAGCGCCGUCCCCAGCUGCAUUGGGCUGUGGAUUGGGUUGGUAGUUUUGUUUAUUCGCAUUUAAAAUACUGAACUUCAGUACUGUCGUACAGAGGUGGUUAGUUUUGUUGGAUUUAAUUUGAUAUGCAACACAUGAUACAAUACUUGGGAUACAACAUAAAACCAAGAUAUGAUCUGAUGAAAAUAGACAUUAUACAGUACCUUAAAUUGCAAUGUAAUGUUCUUGGAAGAUGGGUUAGUGAAGUUUGUUUUACAAAAAUCACCACCACCUUUUUCAUAGACCCCUAUUCUUAAUUCUCCAUUUGUGCAAAAGUCAUGUAGGAACAGUGAUUUUUGCUGAUUCUUCCUGGAGUGCUGGGGUCAGGUAUAGGAUUGUGCUAAAUGAACAGGGCUGCAAACUUGCUCCUUUUUUGAGUGGUUGGAUCCAAUUUACAUUAUUUGUAGAAGACUUCUUGCUUAGUGCUCCUUUAUUAUAAUGGGGGGUCAUAUACAAAUUUACAGUGCCCUUACUUAUUGCUGUAUAGUCAUCUGAACAAUCAACCUGAUGCCGUAGUAGUUAGAAGCAGUUCCCACUCUAAAAUUGUAUGUGACUUCCUUCUUUCAAAUAUGGUUAUUUAAUUUACUUGAAAUAUAUGAAAACAAUGUAAUUCUGAGAUUUUUCAAAAUGCACGAUUUGUGAACAACUACUGGGACAUUAUCUGCAGCUUUUGUAAAUAUGUAUUUUAUAAAAUUUUAGAAAUGAGGGUGUAGUGACCCGAGAUUGUUAGAACAAUUUGUACAUGGGAUAAAUGAAGAGUAUUGUAUAAUAUGAGUUGCAUUUAAAUCCAUAGGGAAACUUAGUUGCACAAUUUUUUAUUGUAUAUAAAAAUAUCUUUAUGGAGAUUUGUUUUUUUAAGGCUGUAGGAGGACUCAAAUGUGUAUAAUUCACUCAGUUCUUACAAAUCCUGUGACUAUUAGGACUUGCACGCAGAAAUCCAAAAUCCGUCAGAGGCCAUAGCUGUAAAAAUAAAAUAAAUAUGUUAGAUUACUA